GCUUCUGACCAGAGCACCGGCUCAGGAUGGGAAACCACGCGGGAAAGCGGGAGUUAAACGCCGAGAAGGGCCACAAGGAUGCAGACACGGGCACAGGAGAAUCCAGCAAGAGGAGGAACCCCCACUACCUUUCCCGGGAGGCCUCGGAAGACAGUGACGUGUUCGGGGAGGCAGAUGUGGAGCAGAACAAUGGGGCCCCCUCUCAGGACACGGCGGUGACAGACUCCAAGCGCACAGCGGACCCAAAGAAUGCCUGGCAGGACGCCAACCCAGCUGACCCAGGGGGCCGCCCCCACUUGAUCCGCCUCUUUUCCCGAGAUGCCCCCGGGAGGGAGGACAACACCUUCAAAGACCGGCCCUCGGAGUCAGACGAGCUCCAGACCAUCCAAGAGGACAGCACAGCCACUCCCGAGGGCCUCGAUGUGAUGGCGUCACAGAAAAGACCCUCCCAGCGGCACGGCUCCAAGUACCUGGCAUCCGCCAGUGCCAUGGAUCACGCCAGGCACGGCUUCCUCCCGAGGCACAGAGACACGGGCAUCCUUGACUCCCUCGGGCGCUUCUUUGGCGGUGACAGGGGUGUGCCCAAGCGGGGCUCAGGCAAGGUGCCCUGGCUCAAGCAGAGAAGGAGCCCUGUGCCCUCUCAUGCCCGCAGCCAGCCCGGGCUGUGCAACAUGUACCAGGAUGGACAUCACGCGGCGAGAACUGCCCACUAUGGCUCCCUGCCCCAGAAGUCUCAGCACGGCCGGCCCCAAGACGAGAACCCCGUAGUGCACUUCUUCAAGAACAUCGGGCGAGGACUGUCCCUCAGCAGAUUUAGCUGGGGAGCCGAGGGGCAGAAGCCGGGAUUUGGCUACGGGGGCCGAGCUGCAGCCCACAAGGGAUUCAAGGGGGCCGACGCCCAGGGCACGCUCUCCAAAAUCUUCAAACUGGGAGGAAGAGACAGUCGUUCCGGAUCACCCAUGGCUAGACGCUGAAGCCCCGCCUCGUUGUUGUUAUAGAAUCCCGUCCUCAGCUUCUUAAUAUAACUGCCUUAAGAUUUUAAUACUGUUCACAUAAAUUACCUACUUGUAGCAAACCCCCCUUGCCUAAUGCCCGUUGAGUUGUGCACACAGUAGGGGCAGGCACGCCGCAUCCUACUGGCAAUUUCUGGCCAUCAGCUAAAUGGAGAAAACGCAGACAGAAAAUUAAACGGCGACUCUGAGUUUGAAGAUAAACGCCCCGGGACUC